AUGUGCGGAUUAAACAAAAUGUUGCAAAACAUUUCUAAAUAAAUUUAUGUGCACAUCAGGGGUGGUUAAGUGUAUUCCUUUUAGGAGUUUUUCCUUCUCUUCGAAAUCUUCCGCGCAAUGAAGCGAAAAGAAAAGCCACAAAGUGAAACGGGCUUUGAAGGAUGGGGCGACUAUAUGGAUGCGAAAAAAGCGAAGCUGGAGGAUCAGUUUCGCCAGAGUUCAUCGAUCGUCGGUGAAAAGCUUUCGAACCUUUUCGCCGGGAUAUCGAUCUUCGUCAAUGGCUAUACCAAUCCUUCCGCGGAUGAGCUGAAGCUUAUCAUGAUGCAGCACGGUGGUGUAUUCCACCAUUACAAACGUUCCAACACAACCUACACCAUCGCAUCGAUCCUGCCGGAUGUGAAGGUGCGCUCGAUCACUUCGGAGGUCAUCAUUAGUCCGCGAUGGGUUGUGGACUGCUUGGCCGAGGGGAAAAUUCUCGAAUACUCCCGAUACCUACUAUACACACAGCACAAACCGUCCCAACCAAAGUUAGCGUUUGCGAAACGGCAAAUGUCGCUCGGAGGCAGUGCUGGUGGCACCGAUAGAAGUGAAGCAGAUAUCGCAAAGCCAGUGCCAAAGAAGGAUAACGAUCCGAACGAUAUUAGCCGGGCGGAGUGCUUAAACGUACUGGGUAUGCUGAGACAGUUUACCAAUUUGGAACAGAAUGUAUCUAAUACGGAAAGGCAGGAGGAACAACCGGUAAAUGAUCAAUCAAUCAAGAAUGCUGCGAAAACAACGGAUAAAGAGCACGCCAUGACAUGCGAUCCUACGAGCACAACCAAAGAAAUACAACCCCAAGUAUUCAAUAUAUCGCCGGAAGUUUUCGAACCUAACGAAGUGGUUAAAUCUCCGGUAGUGGUUCCAUCGAAGCCUAGCCCUCAAAAACCGUCCACUUCAAAGCAAUCGCUUACCGCAACAGAUCCCAACUUUUUAACCGAGUUUUUCAACAAUUCUCGACUGCACCACAUCGCAACGCUUGGUGCCAGCUUUAAGCAGUAUGUGGCAGAGCUGAGGGAUAAAUCGACCGGCUCAUUCCCAGCCCGUGAGAUACUGAUCGAGAACCUCCCGCGACGCAGUGAAGGGCUCGAGGGCGAGGAGAGCGACAUGUUCAGCGGCACCGCGAAUCAGCACUACAUUAUGCAUAUCGACAUGGAUUGUUUUUUUGUGUCGGUUGGUCUGCGGAAUCAUCCCCAUCUGCGUGGACUUCCUGUGGCCGUAACGCACUCCCGUGGCUCGGAUGCUCGUGUACCGUCCCACCCGGGACAAAAUCGUGCGCUAGAGAUCGAACUGUACCAAAAGCGACUUGGUGAGCGCUACAAAACACCGGACAUUCCGAUAGAGUCGAGACUCUCGUCGAUCGAUGAGAACAAUUCACUGUCGGAGAUAGCUUCCUGUAGCUACGAAGCUCGUCGGUGUGGCGUUAAGAAUGGCAUGUUUGUUGGCGCUGCCCUGAAGCUCUGUCCAGAGUUAAAAACCAUUCCGUACGAUUUCGAUGGAUACCGGGAGGUGGCACACAAGCUUUACAACACUAUCGCACAGUACACACUCGACAUCGAGGCGGUCAGUUGUGACGAGAUGUUUGUGGAUCUAACGGAGCUACUCAAAUCGACCGGUGUGCCCGUGAUGAACUUCGUUUCGUUCGUCCGGGACGAAAUAUCGACCGCAACGGGAUGUGCUUGUUCCGCCGGCAUCGGCACGAAUCGGCUGCAGGCGCGAAUGGCAACGAAACGUGCCAAACCGAACGGUCAGUUUCGACUACGGGCCAGUGAGGCGGAAGAGUACAUGCGCGAGAUACCGAUUGCUGACCUGCCUGGCGUAGGACCGAGCACCUCACACCGGCUGAAGCAGAUGACGUAUGUGACGUGCGCCGAUUUACAGACAAUUCCGAGGAACGUGUUGCAAACGGAGUUUGGGAAAAAGUUUGGCGAAACGUUGUAUAAUGCGUGCCGUGGGAUCGAUGAGCGGCCGCUGGUAUACGACAAGGGCCGCAAGUCGGUAUCGGUAGAUGUUAAUUACGGCAUUAGGUUCACCACCGAGCAGGAGGUAGAUCGAUUCAUGCGCCAGCUCACGGAGGAAAUACAUCGUCGCUUGGUCGAGCUGCGACAGCGGGGAAAAUUGGUCACGGUGAAGCUGCUCGUCCGGUCGCCGGAAGCACCCGUUGAGACGGCCAAAUUUAUGGGCCACGGGUUGUGCGAUAUCGUCACGAAAUCACAACCACUCCAGCAGUUCACGGACGAUCGAGUCGUGAUAGAGGGCGCAGUGCUAUCGCUGAUGCGUACGAUCAAUGCACCACCCUGCGAGUUACGGGGCAUUGGAAUUCAAAUUUCUAAAUUCGAAGGAACUAAAGGGGCAACGAAUACUGCCGCAGGGAAUCGAUUGAAAAGUAUGCUUCAAAACGUCGAACAUAAAAAUAAACUCAAGGAGCAGACAGAAAUUGCGACAUCCAGUGGAGGAAGGGGGAUUGUUACGGGCACCAAGGUUUUGGAAGUCGAUGAUCAGCAACCGUGCACAUCCCGUGGAAGGCUGGAGAAACAGUUAAAUGCUCCAGUUACAAUUCGCGACACCGUUAACACGCCCUUGAAAGCGAAUAGAAAUACUACCACUCCAGACCACACCCCACCACGCAGACGUAAUAGCUCGCAUUCGCCGAUCAAAUCCAGAAACGCACCGAAACCAAGCACCCGCGGUCGACGGGGAAGGCCUCCAAAAUGGGCAACGACGGCGAGCAAAAAAGAGCAGAAGCAAACGGUACAGAAUGGUAUGUUAAAAUUUCUAACCGCAUCGGCCACAACGGGUAGCAUUGCUGAGCUUGGGAAUUUACCGCCCGGACUCGAUCCCGAAGUACUAGCUGCCCUUCCCGAGGACAUUCGCCAGGAAGCCAUUCGCGACUAUCGACGACAGCAGCUUCUACUGGCGAACAAUAGCGCACAAGAUCCGUCAAUCAUGAGGACGCCCGAAAAAGACGCCCGCUCUCCAGUACCGGGUACCUCGUACAAACGGGAGUGGAAAACGCCGACCACUCCACUGGUGAACGACGACGGUAUGGACGAUCAAAAGAUAAAGGUUGAGCUGAAAUUUUUGCAAGCCCUCCCGCCAGAGCUGCGCCUCGAGGUGGAGAAGCAAAUCGAGCUGAACAAGGACAACAUGGUCGUCACGUGUAGCGAUCCGGAAAUUGACGAACCACUGUUCGUGACCCCGGAGCCGAGCCCUGUGAGGGAAUUUGAAGAAGCAACAGCGGGUUAUCAAACCCCUACCAAAGCCCCGAGUGCGCCACAGAAGGAUAGUAACAUUCUCCGCCGGUCGAACUGGAGAGAGUUGCUUGAGGAAUGGCUUGACAGUACCGAUGAACCGUACGAGUACGAUGUGCUAUUGUUGGCGGACAAUGGUAAGCAGCUAGUGGAGGGUGGGUCGCUGGAACGACUGUAUUUAUUUGUACGCUGUUUUUAUCGGCUUGUGCAAGGAAAGGCGAACAACUGCAGUUGGCAUCGGGCGUACUCGGGCAUAGUCCGUACGAUACAAAACCGAAUGCUAGCACUUUAUGGCAAGGAAAUGGCGGUACAGCAGGAUUGCGGUUGUGUUAAGUGCAAUAUAAAAACUAUGUAGAAUAAAUGUAAGCAACAUAUGGUGUACAGUCGAAAUAAUGUUAAAUUAUAAGCUAGAUUCUUUUUUGAAAUCGUUAUGAGAAAAACGAUUGAAAUCCAUGCUCACAUAUUUUACAAUAGCCGUGCAUUUCGAAUCAUUUGAGAGUUAAAAAAAAUUGUAGUACUUUAUUGUUUCUAAUAAAUGUUUUAAUUUAUAUAGUGUUAAAACAAUGCAGCGUUUUAAAGAAAA